AUGGAUGACAAAAAUGAGAAGAAAAAGAGAAAAUACGUUAAGAAAAGCGAAAAAAGUGGUGAAAACUCGACGACAACAGCACUGAAGAAGAAAUAUAAAGAGAAGACAAUUGUUUUGGCGAAUGGGAAGUGCUUUCGACCGAAAAAUUUUAUCUGCGAUUACAUCGGAUGUGAGAAACAGUUCACCGAAAACGAAAAACUUUUGGCACACAUUCGGGUCAGACAUACAAUGGAGCGGCCGUUAGGGUGUGACGUCUGCCACAAGACAUAUCCCACGGAACGAUGUCUUCGGGCGCACCAGAAGAUUCAUACGGAGGGCUUUAAGCGCUUCCCGCAAACAUCGAAGAAGAAGUAUAAUUACAUUCGAGAAAAAUCUCUUGUCUGUCAUUACAGUGGAUGUGAGCGACGGUUUCGCGAACGGGAAUACCUUUUGGCACACAUUCGGGUCAAACAUACAAAGGAGAGGCCAUUCGGGUGUGACGUCUGCCACAAGACAUUCCCCACUCAGCGGUGUCUAAAGAAACACCAGAUUAUACAUACGGACACAGCGAAGCCAUUCGUGUGCUCGUGGGUCGGCUGUGACUAUGCCUUCCGUACCAAUCAGUCACUUUCCAAUCACACGCAAUCACAUCUACAGCUUCGGCAAUACGCGUGCGAUGAAUGUGACUCACGGUUUAAUCUCAAGAGGGGUCUUGAGGCCCACAAGAAUACAGUGCACUCGACUGCCCGGCCGUACACUUGCGAUUGGCCCGCAUGUGAGGCCACGUAUAAGGACUUAACAAUGCUUAAGCGCCAUAAACAGACACAUCUGGGAGUCAAACAGUAUGUGUGCGAUAUAGAGGGUUGUGGUAAAGGGUUUGUCACUCACAAUCAUUUAAAGCAACACAAACGCCAACACACUCUGCCAUUUGUGUGCAGUUGGCCCGCAUGUGAUCGACGUUUUCCAUCCAAUAACCGACUCCAGGACCACAUGAACUCACAUCAGGGCCUACGAGUGGUCGACUGUCCGGUCGAGGGUUGCGAUAAGACAUUCACAUCCAAACCCUGUGCGCGACAACACUUAAGACAAGUCCACAAAUAUAAGACCACUGAAGGACUCAUUCCUAUCAAUAAUUAA